AUGCUAAAGACAUUCUUUCCAAUGCGCAUCCCCAAAGCCAGCGUUGUCGGUAUUUCUAUGACUAAGGAACAAGCCACUGAGCUUCAUAGCAUCACUAACUUGCUAGUCACUAUCAUCUACCAACAAUUCUACGCCAUUGAAGCGUUUAACCGGUUCACCAAACUUGGCCUAUCACCCCAUCUCAAUGAAGUUCAACAGCGCCAAUCUCGCUUCCAGACUCGACUGUCUGAUUUGAUCAAGGCCACCAAGGACUCUAGUCAGGCAUGGCUCCGCGAACUCAUGGACGGUCAGGAAGCCAUCCUCCGCAAGAUUCGACAGUGCAACCACAUGGCUCGGCAUACGCUCAGCUGGAAAGACAGCGCAAUAAUGUACUGGCCACACAUCUCAGACUCGUAUGAGAUCUUGCGACCAGUACUGGAGCGCUUGCACCAGGAACUGGGGGGUGCGAUUGAGAACGGGCAAUUGUGGGCACCGAAGACUCGAACAGAUGCAAUUUCCAAGGUGCAAGCCCGCCGUCAUUCCAUGGUUGACUGGUUUGGCCAGACCCGGCGCCUCGCUCUGGUGGCUGCACCACGUGCAUCGCACAAGACUGUCAGGUUUGACAAGGAGGUCCAGGCGCGGUGGCUGGAUGCGAAGGAGGAGCCGGAGAAGAUCAAGGACGCGAGGAAACUCACGUUGCAGUUGACGACGGAUAAGAAGAAUACGGCUAAGUUGAAGAAGUUCCAGGCGAGGCGGACGUCGUUGCAGCAACGGAAGAAGGACGGUAAGAGCGAGUCGGAGUCGGAGUUGGAGUCGGAGCCAGAGUCAGAAGUGGAGGUUCAGGAGAGUGUUAUGCAAGAGGUCGAAGACGAGGAUGCGAUUACGCCUAUUCCUUACUGA